CCAAUGGCCGUGUUCCGUUGACGCUCGGUGAAUGGGCCAGCCCGACACUGACUAGCUGUUUCGCUAUGGACGGCGACAAUUAUGCUGGUCCGUAGCCACUCAACAUUGGAGUCCUGUCUAGACAGGGUGUCUGUCGGGGCUUGCCCGGGUUGGUGUGUGUUAUGGUUCAAUUUCGUAUCCUACAGUAUGAUUAUAUUAUUGACUGACCUGCCCCCAGCCGUGAGCCGGGUUUCGCAUAUUUCCUGUUCUGUUUAUCCCAUGUACAUUCUCUACAGUUCCUUUCUCUCCCUUUCUAGUUGUUCAUAAUACUCAUACAUUCUUUCUUCCCUUCCGCUGCAGAUCGAUCUCUGCGCCUGAGUCUAUCGUUCUCAAUUCACGUCACCGGCCUUGAAGGCUGUGUCUGUCUCUCAUUCCUUACCACCCUUAC